GGCUCUCUGUUUACUUUGCUGCCAUACAGAUGCAUUUCUAGCCCAUCUGUGUAAAAUCUGUCAAGUUGCAUAGUGUCAAAGAGCUGGAGAUACACUCCGUGUUGCUAGUUACCCAAACCAGUGAGGCUACGAGACAAGUGAGCUACAGCUGUAUGACAGAGCUCCUUUUGCUCCGUGCAUUUCACAGAGCAGCGGGUAACAUGGAUUGCACCACGGAAGGGGACAGCUGAACUCUCCCUCUGGCUUUAGUGAGGAAAGAGCAGCGAUGAAAUCCGUGGACUGUGUGCACGUCAUCCAGCAGAAGGAUACCGCCUCCUCUCCCUCUGGCCCCCCCGGUGCUGCUUCAGGCACCACGGGACUUUUUUCUGUCACAUUCCUGUGGCUUGCAAUGCUCCUGUCCUCUUGUCUUGCAGCAGUGUCUCUUUACCAUGCUAUCACCCUGAAAACAGAGCUAGAAGCUCUGCGCAGUGAGCUGAUCUACAGGGUCCAGGCAAGGUCUCCGCUAGAGCAGCCACCCGUGUCCCCUGGUGACAAGAAAGCAGGUGCCCCUGUUUCUUCCUUCCUGCAAGUGUCUGCAGCUGGCGCCAGGCAGGAGAACAGGCUGCCUGGCCCUAGCCCAGCUGAAAGUCUCCAAAAGGAAAUCUGGGACGGGGGCAGAAACAGGGGGAGAAGGUCUGUUGUCCACGCAGAAGAAACAGUGCUGCAGGCCUGCUUGCAACUGAUUGCAGACAGCAAAAGUGAUAUCCAACAGAAAGAUGAUUCAAGCAUUGUCCCUUGGCUUCUGAGCUUUAAGCGUGGAACAGCUCUGGAAGAACAGGGAAAUAAAAUAGUGAUCAAAGAAACAGGAUAUUUUUUCAUAUAUGGCCAGGUUUUAUAUACUGAUACAACAUUUGCAAUGGGACAUCUAAUACAGAGGAAGAAAGCUCACGUGUUUGGUGAUGAUCUCAGCUUGGUCACAUUAUUUCGUUGCAUCCAAAAUAUGCCACAGUCUUAUCCGAAUAAUUCUUGCUAUACUGCUGGCAUUGCAAAAUUAGAAGAAGGAGAUGAGCUUCAACUUACAAUACCACGAAGAAGAGCUAAAAUAUCCUUGGAUGGAGAUGGUACUUUUUUUGGUGCAGUUAGACUCCUCUGAAGCCCUUUAUUUUUGUAACUAUGCUUAGUGCAAUUUUCUUCUUCUUCCAAUGCAUUUGUCAAAGAAAAAAGAAACUGAAUUCUCCUAUAACUGCCAAUUCAGUCUCUUUCCUUCCUCCAUCAGCUUCUGAAAUCUAUUCUUUGGUCUAAUAAGCAAACCCAAAACAGGAAGUAGACCAGACGUACUUGUAAGAUAAAAACGUCACGUGAUUACCAGAAAGACAAUUUAUUUUACACAAUGGGAGACUCUCAACAACAGCUGUAAGGCCGUGGUUUUUUGGCUUUGAAGUAAUUUCAGUGAAGCAAAUCAAAGAAAGAGUUGAACAUAAAGUAUAGCGUGAACACAGGACCAUUCUGUUUUUAUACAGAAAUGGAAACCUAAAACACAAUUGCAUCUUACUUUGCUUUGUUUCACAAACAAACAAACAAACAAAAAGCCUUAAAAAAAAAAGCUUCUACCCUGAAGCAUAGAGUACAAGGAAGGAUAAUGAAACUAUAUUAUUCAUCACAAUAGAGUGGUGUCACCUAGUUUCUGUUUAUUUUUGUUGUUUGUUUCUUAGUUUGACAUAGAAAUUUGUUUUGGGAAGGAAAAAAAUCUAAAAGCACAGGAUAAUGAAGCAAAAGCUCCUAAGUAUGUAGAAUGGUUGCCACUGCCUUGCUUCUUCCCUGAGGACAAAAGGACAUUACUAAAAUCUAUUAGUAUUUACUAAUUAAGAUGAGUUUUACAGGAAAUAAGAUAUAUAAAAUGCUUUAACACCUCAAUCUCAGGGAAUAUGUGCAUGCAUGUAUGUAAACAAGUUGAGCAUAGAAAGAAACAUGAUGAAAUUAGGCUCAGUACAGUAGGACAAAUUGGAUUUCUGACUUCAUAAUUUCUGCACUCAUAUAUAUAUGUGUAUUCUGUGUGUAUAAAUAUAUAUAUGCA